CGGGACCGCAGUCGGAGCCUCAGUCGUGAGGAGAAGCAGAGCAUCCUGCGAGUGCGCGUGCGCGGCGGUGGCACCGGGCCCUCGCUUCUCCCCGCUCGGUUCCUGGCGCCGAGGCCGCCGCCGCCGCCGCCGCCGCGAUGCUGGAGAUCCACCUGGACGACGGGGUGGGCGGCGUGGUGGGCGGCGUGGGGGGCGCCGCCUACGCGGGCGACGACUACUGCUCGGGCUCGGUGAUGUCGGAGCGCGUCUCGGGCCUGGCCAACAGCAUCUACCGCGAGUUCGAGCGCCUCAUCCGCUGCUACGACGAGGAGGUGGUCAAGGAGCUGAUGCCGCUGGUGGUGACCGUGCUGGAGAACCUCGACUCCGUGCUCACCGACAACCAGGAGCACGAGGUGGAGCUGGAGCUGCUCCGCGAGGACAACGAGCAGCUCCUCACCCAGUACGAGCGCGAGAAGGCCCUCCGCAAGCAGGCCGAGGAGAAGUUCAUUGAAUUUGAAGAUGCACUGGAGCAGGAGAAAAAAGAACUGCAGAUACAGGUCGAGCACCUUGAAUUUCAGACACGGCAGCUGGAGUUGAAGGCCAAGAAUUAUUCAGACCAAAUUUCCCGGUUGGAGGAACGUGAAUCUGAAAUGAAGAAAGAGUACAAUGCUCUUCACCAGCGGCACACAGAGAUGAUCCAGACCUACGUGGAACACAUUGAGCGGUCCAAACUGCAGCAGGUUGCUGCUGGAAACAGUCAAAAUGACAGUGGCCUACCUGGGAGGAGUCACCGCCAGUCAUGGAGGAAAAGUGUGAAGAGGCGUCCUAACUCUCUGAACAUCCCCCUUACAGAUGACAUGGUACGUGGGCAGGGUGGGGGCAAGAUCAUCCCCGCAGUGGACCACUGGCACUUCAGUGACCUCGGCCAGCUGCAGGCCAACUCCAGCUACAAGUGCCCGCCUGAUGAAAUGUCUGAAUCCGGACAGUCUUCUGCAGCUGCGACACCAAGCACCACCGGAACGAAAUCCAACACACCCACCUCAUCCGUUCCUUCUGCUGCGGUCACUCCUCUAAAUGAGAGCCUUCAGCCCAUGAAUGACUACGUCACAACAAAGAACAACAAGCGGUCCCGGGAGAAACGGAACAGUCGAAAUAUGGAGGUCCAGGUGGUCCAGGAGACAAGAAAUGUGAGCAUAGGCAUGGGAAGCAGUGAUGAAGGAUCUGAUUUCCAAGAUAUUGACUCUACUCCAGAGUUGGAGACAUGCCAGGAUCCCAGACUGGAGCGCACAGGAAACAGCCCUACCCAGGGGAUUGUGAACAAAGCCUUUGGCAUCAACACUGACUCGCUGUAUACUGAACUUACGGAAGUGGGCUCGGAAGCCAUUGGGGAUGUAGAUGAAGGAGCAGACCUGCUAGUCACUGAUGGAUUCUUUCUUCCCCCCACACUCCCUCCACCCUCCUCCUGUUUCUCUGUGCUUCGCUGGACAUGGCCCUUAGGGGAGUUCUCAGUGCGGGAUGAUUUCUUUGGGAUGGGCAAGGAAGUGGGGAAUCUAUUGAUGGAGAACACACAGCUGCUGGAAACUAAAAAUGCUUUGAACAUAGUGAAGAAUGACUUAAUUGCAAAGGUAGACCAGCUCACUGGCGAGCAGGAGGUGUUGAAAGGUGAGCUUGAAGCCGCAAAGCAAGCCAAAGCCAAGAUGGAAAGCAGAAUCAAAGAACUCGAAGAGGAGCUCAAACGAGUGAAAUCAGAAGUGAUUGUUGCCAGACGAGAGCCGAAAGAAGAGGUUGAGGAUGUAAGCAGCUAUCUCUGUACAGAAUUGCCCUCCAACUCCCCGCUGCAGGACAACAUCCCCAUCGCCCAACGAAGGCGCUUCACCCGAGUGGAGAUGGCCCGAGUCCUCAUGGAACGCAACCAGUACAAGGAGAGGCUCAUGGAGCUGCAGGAGGCCGUCAGGUGGACUGAGAUGAUCAGAGCCUCCCGAGAACACCCUUCUGUGCAAGAGAAGAAGAAAUCAACUAUUUGGCAGUUCUUCAGCCGCCUGUUCAGCUCCUCCUCCAGCCCUCCACCAGCAAAGAGGAGUUAUCCCUCGAUGAACAUCCACUACAAAUCCCCCACGGCUGCCGGGUUCAGCCAGCGCCGCAGCCACACCAUGUGCCAGAUCUCGGCCGGGAGCCGCACCCUGGAGUUCUUCCCGGACGAUGACUGCACAUCAACGGCACGUCGCGAGCAGAAGCGGGAGCAGUACCGCCAAGUCCGGGAGCAUGUGCGCAACGACGACGGGCGCCUGCAGGCCUGUGGCUGGAGCCUUCCGGCCAAGUACAAGCAGCUGAGCCCCAACGGCGGCCAGGAAGACAACCGGAUGAAGAACGUCCCCGUGCCCGUGUACUGCCGGCCUCUCGUAGAGAAAGACCCAACCAUGAAGUUGUGGUGUGCAGCUGGUGUCAACCUAACAGGUUGGAAGCCUGUGGAACAGGAUCCUGGAAAUGGACAGAAACCAGAACCAGGGUGUGACCCCCUCACCUGUGACCGGAUUGGAGCAGAAGAGAGUGCCAAGAGCAGCCACACGUCUCCCGAAAAGAAAAAGACCAAAGAACUGUAUGAAAUGGAUGCCACGUCCAGCCGAGUGUGGAUCCUCACAAGCACCUUGUCUACAAGCAAAGUUGUGAUCAUCGAUGCCAACCAACCAGGCACCGUGGUGGACCAUUUCACAGUCUGCAAUGCUCACGUGCUUUGUAUUUCCAGCAUUCCCGCGGCCUGUGACACGGAUUAUCCUCCUGGAGAAAUCUUUUUGGAGGGAGACGUGAACCCCGAAGAGUCGUUGGGCACAGAUGGAGUCUUGGCAGGCAUCACGCUGGUGGGCUGUGCCACCCGGUGCAACGUCCCCAGCAGCAACUGCUCCUCGAGGGGAGACACCCCGGUGCUGGACAAAGGGCAAAACGAGGAGUCUGCAGUUAGUAAUGGAAAGAUCAACCAGUCCCAGUCCACCGAGGAGGCCACCGAAGCCACGGAGGUGCCAGAAAACGGUGUGACCGAAAUGGAGCCAACCCUUGUGCGGACAUGCCCACCGACAGAGCAUGUGUUUACAGACCCAACCCCAGCUCAGGUGCCCACGAGGCAGACCAGUGAGAAUGGGCAGACAAAGACAGAAUCGAGCACCGCAACGACACAAGACCAAGAGACAAACGGCGGCACCGGCGGAGCUGUCACAAGCGCCGCCCCCACCAUGUGGCUUGGAGCACAGACUGGCUGGUUGUAUGUGCACUCAGCCGUCUCAAACUGGAAGAAAUGCCUGCACUCAAUCAAGCUGAAGGACUCAGUGCUGAGCCUGGUGCACGUGAAAGGCCGUGUCCUGGUGGCCCUGGCUGAUGGGACCCUGGCUAUAUUCCACCGAGGAGAAGAUGGUCAGUGGGACCUCAGCAACUACCACCUCAUGGACCUGGGCCACACACACCAUUCCAUCCGCUGCAUGGCGGUGGUCUAUGACCGAGUCUGGUGCGGCUACAAGAACAAGAUCCACGUCAUCCAGCCAAAGACCAUGCAGAUCGAGACGUCCUUCGACGCCCACCCUCGGCGGGAGAGCCAGAUCCGGCAGCUGGCGUGGAUUGGGGACGGCGUCUGGGUCUCCAUCCGCCUGGACUCCACGCUGAGGCUCUACCACGCGCACACCCAUCAGCACCUCCAGGAUGUGGACAUCGAGCCCUACGUCAGCAAAAUGUUAGGAACUGGGAAGCUGGGUUUCUCGUUUGUGCGGAUCACAGCUUUGCUUAUCGCUGGCAAUCGCCUCUGGGUCGGGACUGGGAACGGCGUCAUCAUUUCCAUCCCUUUGACUGAGACUGUCGUCCUCCAUCGAGGGCAGCUCCUUGGGCUCAGGGCCAAUAAGACCUCUCCCACAUCUGGAGAAGGGACCCGGCCGGGUGGCGUCAUACACGUGUACGGCAGCGAUGACGGCAACGACAAGUCUGCCAGCAGCUUCAUCCCGUACUGCUCCAUGGCCCAAGCCCAGCUCUGCUUCCACGGUCAUCGGGAUGCCGUCAAAUUCUUUGUUUCUGUGCCUGGCAACGUUCUUGCCACGCUGAAUGGGAGCGUGCUGGACAGCCCCUCGGAGAACCCCGGCACGGACGCCGCGGAGGCCGAGGAGGGACAGAAGCUGAAGAACGUCCUGGUGCUGAGCGGAGGAGAAGGCUACAUCGAUUUCCGGAUCGGGGACGGGGAAGACGACGAGACGGAGGAGGGUGCGGGAGAGGCGGCCCCGGUCAAGCCCAUCCUCUCCAAGGCCGAGCGGAGCCACAUCAUCGUGUGGCAAGUGUCCUACAUCCCAGAAUGAGAUGAGGCUCCUUUUCUGACACGAGAACGUUUACUUUCCCGACCCCCAACUCCCCAAAUGCCAAGAUGUAUAUAAUACGGAACUCCUGCAUUAUCAUCCUACUGUUGGAAGAAGAAAAAAAAGCAAACCCCGGGCGGGCCAUAAGCUCACGCCGGAUGGCAGUGUCCCGUCCCCCCCCCCCCACGUUCUAAGCUCCCAAGCUUUGCAUCAUCAUCCUCAUCAUCCACCUUGGGCUGGCUAGCUUUACGAAUGGGCUGGGUUCUCCCCAGCUUCCUAAAAAGGGGCAAAUGGGGUGCCAGGAUAGACUGGGAAGAACAGGUCUGGCUCGGAAGGGCUGGGUGACAUCGAGGGUUCAAAUUUAUCUGCAUGGGGGGAAAAACCCAAAUUGCUUCUUGCCUUUGCCCCCAAACUUUGCCCUCCAGCAUUAGGCAUGCAAUUAGCCCACAAGCCAAUAAGAAAGACGUGGUUUCCACUGAUUAUGUAGAAGCUUUUCCCGCUGUGUAUCUAUGGGACCUGGCCAUGGGGGGGGGGGGGGGGGGGGGGGGAGGUGCAUCCGAGGCAGCCAGGGAAUUGGUUGGAAACUGAUUCGGGAAUCCAGGACAUGGACUUGUAAGGCAGGCAUGGCCAAACUCAGUCUCUCCGGGUGUUUUGGACUCCAACUCCCACCAUUCCUCACAGCCUCAGGCCCCUUCCUUUUCCCCCUCAGCCGCUUAAGUGUGUGGUGUUACUGGGAGGGGUUAUUGUACCGAUUGUACUGAGCAUAAUCAGACUCAGGACUCCAUUUUGUAGUCCGUCUGCUUUGCACCUCAGUGAGGCUGUUAGGAAUGGUGGGAGUUGAAGUCCAAAACACCUGGCGAGGCUACGUUUGCCCAUGCCUGUUGUAAGCUGUGCAAAUGAUGAUUAUAGACGUCUGUACACAAAGCACGGCCACAAAGGCAUGCUAUGGCUUUUCAUGGCCGGAGCUAUUCAGAUCUCGGCCUUGUCAAAUACCUGGAUGGGAGACUAUUGAGAUGCUUGUUGACGUUGUUCUGAAUGACUUGGAAGAAGGAUGGAAUUCAAAAGUCACAAAGACAUCGGGCCAUUUCCUAAUUGAAAGGCUAAGAGGCCACAUCGGAUAGCUCUGAAGGAACGAUGCCAUUGUUGGGGAGAGUGGAGAGGCAGGCAGAUAAGAAGUAUCUUGAGACGUUCUUUGAAAACGCUAGCAAACCACGAAGGUCCAUCUUGUUUUCAGAACCAGCUUGGGUUCGUCUUGUCUUCUGGCAGGGAGCAAAUGGUGAAACUCUCAGAAUCCUCAGUUGUAUUUGGCUGUUGAUUUGGGAAACGAAUCGUUGGAAAUUGAGCUUCUGCUCACACUUUGGGAUGGGAAGAUGGAGCGUUGUCAUCUGUGGAAAGAGCAGGAAGAAAGGGGCAUAGAAAGAAGUGUUUUCUUUGCAGGUGGGAGAAAGAAAAGUCUGAUUUUAGUUCACCCAUAACUUGUGCUGGGACAGACAGGAGCAGCAGUGACUGCAAGUGGAUGGAUGGCUGAAUGAGAUAAGUUAUUCUGGGAUGAGGGUCGGAAGGGGUUGCAGCUGAUUCAGAGGCUUGUGAAUGACUACGUUUUCCAGUUUGAAACAAUCCAGUUGUGAAGUAUGUUGGUAAUUGCAAUCCCAUGGUGCCCUCAUGAGAAAAUGUCCUAGGAAUUCCCACCCACGUUCUUCUCACUCGGGGCUAGAUCCCCUCUCCUUGGUUGGGUCCAUGCUAGAGCCUUGGAAUGCCAGAAAAAUAAUAUGUACGGGUCUCGUUCUCUGUCACCACAUCCAUGUCUUUGGUCCUUCUCCCCCGGCACCCACUCCUCAAACUGAGCAUUGCAUUUUUUUUCCUUUCGUUUGGCACUUUAACCUUUAUGGGGCGAGCUCGAGACAUAUGGUGACCAUGGUCCCAGGUGCGAUUCUCUUGCUUGGAAAUCUCAGUCCUUAAGAGUAUUUUCUUACAAAUUUACAGGGAUGGUGCUUCUCCAAGGUGGUCUCUGUCACGACCCAAACUUGACAGCCAGUUUGUAUAAUUGGAACGAAUCCAUCCAUGGUUUGGCAUGGAGGUAUGACUAGUGCUGGAAGUGGCCGAGUUGGCAGAGCGAUUCUGGGAACGGUCAUCCCAAGAAAAUGUCCCAAUCUCAUGGAAUUUUCUACAGAUGAACUCACUUGCACUAGCAGUUGCAAAGUCAGUGUGAAUUCAGGAGUACGAGUAUCUAAUCACUACAGCAGUGGGCAAAUACCUUUUCCUAUUGACAGCAAUCUUAUCUCUCCCUUGGUCACAUUGAUCCUCAGUUCAGUUAAAGUUUGCUAAUUCAUUGAUGGGGGGGAAGGGGAGGGAAAGACUCUCCGCUUGAAAGGCUGUAGCAUCACUACCAAUCCGUGUGGCAGGCUAUUAAUACUGGGCUCAAUGGACAAAUAUCUGAGGUGGCUUCCUAAAUUUCCUCUAUUGAUGUCCAGACAGGAUUUUGACCAUUGCCACCCUUGGUUUUUCAGGCCAACCUUUAUCUUAGAACUUCUUGAAAAGGCCGAGAUGCUUCAUCAGUUUGUCAUCUCAACCACCAUCAAGGGGAACGGUUCCUAUUCCAGUUAGGCCUCUUCCCCAAUAACAGAAUGCAGUUGUAAGAGGAAACAUAUAGCGCUAUAGGUGGUUGUUUGGGCGAGAUGAGCUGCAAGGUGAUGUUGUCGAUCCCUCUCUUUUAAGAAGAGGGGGUCUGUGUGGCAUAUUUCUUUUUUUAAAGUGGGGUAGAUCCCCAGGGAUGGGCUUCAGAGUAGUGCUACGUUGAGCAGACUUUGUGAAUUGAAUUGGUUUCUUCAGGGAGUGGGUUUGUUGUCGUGGCAAAGAUAUACUUGCAGAAUGUUCUGACUCAGUGCAACUUGAGGUAUGAUGCAUGAGAUGGAAAUGGAUGGAGAAAGGGGUUCGAAAGCGGACAGAGAAGGGCAAAGAAAAGGAAGCAGCUUACAUUUGAAGCGGGGAGUGUGCAGAGCAGAGUCCCCUUUGGAUAUCUAGAAACCUGGCAGCUGGGAAGACAAAUAGGCCACGCUUGGAGAGAGAGAGAGAGAGAGAGAGAGAACGAUACGCAAGGCUAACCUAGCGCCUUCCCCUUGCCCCCGAGACUGCAAUUGCUCCUGCAUGGAACAACUCAAUUCUCUAAACUUGUAUAGGACUAUGAAGCCCCUUGCAAAUCCUGUCACUUUGAGUUUGCCUCACCUGGCGGAAAAUGCCUUGUUGGGAGUUUGAAGUGCGCUUUCAAUAAAAACAUAACCUGGCACAAAAUACGAUAAGAGUCAUAGAAGGCUGGCGAGUGGUCAACAGCAAGAGAGAGAAAAGGGGUUUGACUCAACAUACACUCUCCCUGCUGCAUCUUCACUGUGAUGUAUGUAAAACUCAAAUCGGUAUGCUACGGAAGGAUGUUCAAAAAAUGUGGCCUGAAUACUCUGGCAAUUUGGAUUCAAAUGUAUAAAAGGCUGCUGUGUGGGGGGAAAAACCCGUUAACACCACUCCUUUAUGCUUUGUCCCUUGUAUUCUAUCAUACAAAUCAAACUGUAUCUGUUCUGUAUGUAAUAAAACAUUGUUAUCAC